AUGGCCAACAAAAAGCUCUGUCGUUGUUGCCGCCGUCGGUGUAGUUAGUUUUUUUCAUCAUUUCAUAGCGCUUCAACCUCAGAUUUUAUACUCAUUCAACAAGAAACCUUUUUCGGAUUUUAUUAACGUCUCUUGAAUAUUUUCUUCAAAAGAAAAUUUUCUUAUGUCUCUGAUUUUUCUUCGCACGUAUGUUUCAAAUAGAAGAGUUUUAAGUUUUGAAACUUUUGGGGCAAUCUUUCAAUAAACAUAUUUCUCACAAAUUAAAGUGAAAUGUAUUUCUUCAAAGUUGCGGAAUUCUUUUCCAGACUCUCUGUUCUAUUGCACGAAAUGCAGAGGUUCGAUGCUCUGCCUCGACUGUCACAAGGAAAAACGCAAGUGUGACGAGUGCGACCGUGAGUUUUUUUUCGCCAGAAAAAAGUGCUUCAAUGAAUUUUCGUCAAAAGUCGACAAAAAAUGAAAAUAUCAAGUUUUCUUUAUAAAAAACUUUCUAAUAGCACUGAGUUUUUCUCAGAAAAUAUAUUUCGUUUUCCCUUUUCAAUAAUAAUUAAACAUCCUGUAUAGUACAGCUCCAACUCUCUUUUCUGUAUUAUGCAUUUGAUAAGAAUUUUGAAUACCUAGCCAGGCCAAACAUUUCAAAAACUCUUUCCAAACUUGCUCUUUCAAUCCACCUUUUCAAGAGCUGAUGACAAAAUAUAACAAUUAUUCAAAGUAACUUUUUUUUCUCAGCUCAUGGCCGCGCUGGAUCGGUGAUCGAGUUCGAAAGUUCCUCGGAAAGCGACUGGGACACGGAUUCGGACGAUGACGAUGACGACGAUGCCAACUGGUGCAACGAAUGUGAAGGGUUCCACGAUUGA